AUGUUUCUUCUCAAGGCUGUCUCCAUCAUUAUGGCUGUGGGUUGGGCUUCGGGCCAUAUGAUCUUAAACAACCCAAAACCAUUUGGCAAGGCAACCCUCAACAAUUCCCCGCUCGCAGCAGAUGGGAGCGACUUUCCGUGCAAGCUACGCCCGGGUGCAUUCGAAGCGCCCGAGGAGCAGAAUAUCGUCGGCGUCGGAGAGACACAUCCCCUAUCUUUUGAAGGAGGCGCCAUGCAUGGCGGAGGAUCCUGCCAAGUCAGUUUGACGAUAGACCGGAUUCCGUCUAAAGAUUCAGAGUGGUUGGUCAUCAAAUCUUUCGAGGGCGGCUGUCCGGCCAGUACUAGCGGUAGCAUUGGAAGUAGCUCGGCAGCUGUGGAUCCCUUCCACUUCAACUUUACCGUUCCUGAGAGCAUGAAACCGGGGGACUACACGUUGGCCUGGACGUGGUUUAAUCAGAUCGGCAAUCGUGAAAUGUACAUGAAUUGCGCCCCGAUCACAAUCACCGGUCUACCCGCCAACGGAUCGCAAACACGGCCUUCUUUCCCACCAAUGUUCAUCGCGAAUAUCAAUGGUUGUAAUACUACAGAGAACGUUGAUAUCCGGUUCCCCCACCCAGGUAAUGCUCUUGAGUACAACGGCGACCCGGCAAAGUUGGCGCCCCUGGGCUUGCCUGCCUGCACAGGAGUCCCGCUUUUCGGCGACCGCGGCGUAACAGCCUUGCAAGUUCCCCCGACAAGCGGCUCGCAUUCAUCGUCUCCAGUUAUGGCUUCUGCAGCACCUUCCUGGUGCAUCGCUCGGCCUCCGACUGCAUGA